AUUGGGGCUUAUUCUCUGAACUUUACAAAGCCUGAUUUAAGAGAAGUGUUCAUAAAUAUUCUCUUAGCUUUAACAGUGCUUUAGUAAAAUAGGUUUUAUUAACUGAAAAACAUGGUUUAGAAUUAGACAAUCACUAAAUUCCCUAAAUCAGCCCUUACAGUUUUGUGAAUUGGGGUUGCAUUUUAUUUUUUCAAAGAUGGUGGACGAUAUGUUGCUUGAGGAGCUGGAGGAUUUGAUGCAUUUCACGGUCAGCGACCUGCCGAACCGCGGUUACAAGGUGAUGGAGGAGAUCCGCAGACAGGGCAAGCUCUGUGACGUUACCCUGAAGGUCGGGGAUCACAAGUUCAGUGCUCACAGGAUUGUGUUGGCUGCUUCAAUCCCAUACUUCCACGCCAUGUUCACCAACAACAUGAUGGAGUGCAAGCAGGACGAGAUUGUGAUGCAGGGCAUGGACCCCAGUGCUCUGGAAUCUCUAAUAAACUUUGCUUACAACGGUGACCUGACGAUAGACCAGCAGAAUGUGCAGUCCCUGCUGAUUGGAGCCAGUUUCCUGCAGCUUCAGAACGUCAAGGACGCCUGCUGCACCUUCCUCCGAGAGAGGCUGCACCCAAAGAACUGCCUGGGCGUGCGUCAGUUUGCAGAGGCCAUGAUGUGCACUGUGCUGUACGAUGCGGCCAACAGCUUCGUCCACCAGCACUUUGUGGAAGUGUCCAUGUCCGAGGAGUUCCUGGCGCUGGGGCUGGAGGAGGUGCUGGAGCUGGUGGGGCGUGACGAGCUCAAUGUCAAGGCAGAGGAGCAGGUGUUUGAGGCAGUACUGGCCUGGGUGCGGCACAAGCGAGAUCAGCGGGAGCAACACCUACCCGAGCUGCUCUCCAAGACCCGGCUGCCGCUGUGCCGGCCACAGUUCCUGGCAGACCGCGUGCAGCAGGAGGACCUGGUGCGCUGCUGCCACAAGUGCAGAGAUCUAGUUGAUGAGGCAAAAGACUACCACCUGAUGCCGGAGCGACGGCCACACCUACCAGCGUUCAAGACCCGGCAGCGCUGCUGCACCUCCAUAGCUGGCCUGAUCUAUGCAGUAGGGGGGCUCAACUCUGCAGGUGACUCCCUCAACGUGGUGGAAAUGUUUGACCCAAUUGCCAACCGCUGGGAGAGGUGUCAGCCAAUGACGACGACACGCAGCCGGGUGGGCGUGGCUGUGGUGAAUGGCCUUCUGUAUGCAAUAGGAGGGUAUGACGGCCAAUCACGUUUGAGUACUGUGGAAGUGUUUAACCCAGAGACGGACACCUGGACACGAGUGGCAAGCAUGAACAGUAACCGAAGUGCAAUGGGAACAGUGGUGGUGGAUGGACAGAUCUAUGUUUGUGGAGGGUACGAUGGAAAUUCAUCCCUCAGCUCAGUGGAGUGUUACUCGCCAGAAUCAGACAAGUGGACAAUAGCGACCCCAAUGAGUGCCAGUCGCAGCGCUGCCGGGGUCACUGUGUUUGAGGGGAGGAUCUACGUCUCGGGGGGGCACGAUGGGCUGCAGAUAUUCAACUCGAUGGAGUACUACAACCAGCACACCUCCUCUUGGCACCCUGUGGCGGGCAUGAUGAACAAGCGAUGUCGCCAUGGUGCAGCGGCCCUGGGCAGCAAGCUGUAUGUGGCGGGCGGUUACGAUGGCUCAGGCUUCCUGAGCAUGGCAGAGGUGUACAGCUCAGCAGCUGACCAGUGGAGCUUUCUAGUGCCCAUGAACACGCGGCGCAGCCGAGUCUCGCUCGUGGCCAACUGUGGCCGGCUGUACGCUGUGGGCGGUUACGACGGCCAGUCCAACCUGAACUCGGUGGAGAUGUACGAUGCCGAGACCAACACCUGGACAUUCAUGGCCCCCAUGGUGUGUCACGAAGGGGGCGUUGGGGUCGGGUGUGUGCCUCUCCUCCCAAUAUAGCACCAGCUGUCUCCUUGUACUUUCUUUUACUUUUUGUUUCUUAACUUACGAAUUCCAAAACGGAGGGGGACCUUGUGGAUUAUUUGAGCAAAAAAAUAAAAUAAAAGAUCAGCAGUACGUUUCCUGGAGAGCUCGACUGGCCGAUACAAAGCUGCAAUGAAGAAUGAAGAGUGGCCGGUGGACAGUAGCUAGCCAGUUAGAUUGUCCAGCCUCUUGUCUCUUCUGGGUCUCUUUGUCUUUAUUACAGCCUAGUGGAACCCAGUGGAACGAUCACAAGUUAUUUUUAGCUGCAACUGUCGAGUUCCUGGUUGUUAACGGUUUCACGAUCACAAAGCCUUCGGCAAAACUGUCAGUUUUGACUGCAGGGUCUUGUCUGCACGGUCUUUGGAUCAGUUUUCAAGGCAGGUAGAGAAAGGAAAGGUUCAAAUGUGAACCAGCACUAUUAGAAAAGACUUUGACUCUGCUCAGUAGCAUGAUGAAGCUCCCUCCAAAUAAGGCACUACCAAAACAUUUUCAUAACCCUGUUAAAAUACAAUGUAUAAUUCUUAAAAUGAUUUAUGUUUAUGUAAAAUUCUAUAAUUCUACAUUGUUGAUGCUUGGAAUUAACAGCCUGUGAGUUUUCUUGGACCCGUCACUGAUUUUUAAGUAUGUUUCAGGAAUUUAAAAUCAAUAAAAAGUUAAAAUCGGGUCAUAAGACUAAAACUGUAGACAAACUUAGGGUUGUGGAAAAACUGUUAUGCCCUGUGCUUUGGGUGGUGGUAAGCAGGGAACUUGAAUGUUGAAAGAACUACUGUGAACCUACUGUAAUUCUUGUUUAUUUUUAUUCUUGCUAUUUGCUUGUGCUAUUUUCUUUCUUUCUUUCUUUUCCAGCUCAGUAUUUCUAUUCCUUGUAUUGUUUUGUCACCCGAGGGUAUCGCCCAUAUCUUGUUUGUGUUGCACGUCAUGGUUUGAUUACCCAGUUGCUCUAAAUGAGGUGUUAAUAAUAAGAUUCUGAAUAUGAAUACUUUUGGCACACCGUCAGCAAGCCAUCUUGUCUCUGCACAACACUGGAGUAAUCACUGGAGCCCAUCUGAAAGUGUUUAGGUUGAAUUGUGAAGCUUUUGGAGGCUUAGGAAUAGCGGUUUUGGAUAUAGUUCCCUUUACUACAAUUAAAAUAUAAGAUAUACGAUAUCUCUUAUACCACAUGUAAGGAUUCUAAACCAGUUACAUAAAAGUAAGCCUGUACGCAAUGCCGCAAUACAGAAACCAAAUGGACAAUAAAACAAACUAUAAAUUGUAUUAUUUAUGUGUACAUGUGUUUUUAUAUAUAAUGUGUGUGUUAGUUAGCUGGUUGUUUGGCUUACCGAAUUGGACGUUGUUGAUACCAGUAAACAUAAGUAUUUUAUUUUAAACCAAAAA